UGUCUUUGCACAUGGGAGCUCCUCUUCCUGGAAUUCUGCUUCCUGCCCCCCCUCACCCUACCCCACAGCCUCCCAGUCCUUCAGGGCCCAGCUCCAUUCCCCAGCUUCUCCAGGACACCACAGCCACCCCUUCUUCUGCCCUACCUUCCCCAGCACUGUUAUUAUGGUUCACUGUGCUGAACUUAACAGGAUGCCUCAUGAGGAGGGAAAUCUGUCCUGCUUACUUCCAGAAGCCCAGCAGAGGGCUGAGCAAAAGCUGCAGACUGACACACAUCUCCUCCCUCAUCAAUUCAGAUUUUGACUCUGGGAACAAGGAAGAGCCUCCAUGCCCAGGAGACACCAGACAAAGGGGCAGAACCCAAGACAGCCUAGUUCCCAGCCUUAAAAAAAUUCACACUGGAGAAUUCUCCACCUCUUGCCAUUCUCCACCCUUCAGCCCCUGCAGAGAAUCCUGCACUCCAUGGACAGGGGAUGGAGAAGUUGGGCCUCAGAAAAACAGACAUAAAGAGAGAAGGAUUGGGGUCGGGGGGCUCCCCCACCCUCCGCCUGAGCGCAGAGGACCCUUAGGUCGCAGGCUGCGGCUGUGGAUCUGGACCGGCCUCGAUCUUCCAGGGAAGGAGCUCUUUCUCCGCAGCCUCGGGCUUCAGAGGCAACAGAAGCCUCUCUCUCUACCUCACAAGUGUCACAACUGCCAAAGCAGAGGGAGCGCCUUCUCUAGCCCAGAGGCCCCUUCCUCUCAACACACUUCGUAACAGCCCCCUACAACUCCUGGGGGCACCCCACCUCUGAGUCCCAUCUCCCAGCCCUAAGCUCUUCCACUCAGAGACUUUUCUCUCGGAGCGGGAGACCCUCCGACCUCAGCAGUCCCUCGCGGCUCCCGGGGGCCGGUACCGCCGCCCUUGGUACAGGAACCCACCGUCCCCGAACCGCCGCCGGCUUUCAGUGGCCCGUCCCCGCCCCGCCCGGCCGGCCGCGCCCGCCCAACUUGA